UUUUUUUUCAAUGUACCUAAAAGCUCUUAAAGGCCCAUCUUAGCACAAGGCAAAAUACCCGGAUGCACAAUGCCCUCCGAAGCAGAAUUCAUCAACAACUUCGCCCCCAUCGGAGUAUCAGGAGACUCGAAAUCACAAAUAACAAUGGCACCAGCGUUGGGUUUGAAGAGUAAUGCAAUCCAAGGGGCCGAAUCGAGCAGUUGCCCUUUCUGCACUUCAAAUCAAUUAUGUCGCCGUCAUGUCUUCAACUUUUUGGAUUCUCCAACCGAGCUUCGUGUCGCUAUUUAUCACAAGGCGUUGUAUCGCGAUGAGCCAAUCAACCUCAUAAAGAAAAUCCCAGUAGUCUCCCAAAGGCACACAAGAAGCCAGAGACUUGCCCUAAGACAUGGAAGAAGGAGCAGUGAUUCUGAUUCGGACGUAUUGGAAGGCCGUGUGAAUCAAGUGCGGAGAAAACAUAUUCCACGCACUGCAGAAGAUCCCUUGGCUCCCCAGGUCCUGGUACUCUGCAAGCAGAUCUACCAUGAGGCCCUUCCUGUAUUGUACAGAGAGAAUUCUCUUAACUUGCACCUUGAAUUGUCCCUUCUGCCCUUAACUCGACUCCGUCAGCCGACACGCUCGUUGAUAAGACACGCUUUGAUCACGAUAUACGACCAUGGCGACGUUCUCAAUGGAGCCUUCAAUAAUAUAUUCACCAACGGACUACGUUACUGCUUUGGCCUCGAGAGUCUCGAAAUCAUUACAAAAGUGCCAAUGCCUCGUGACAGAGCAUAUGACUUGAACUUCCACAUAUUGCGCUGGUUGCCCAAGGGCUGUAAAGUCGAAGUCAAGGGCAAUCACGUGCCUGAGAGCAUCAAGAAGAUGAUUGAUGAGCAAAACAUGCUCAGGGAGAAACUAGACCUGCAUACAUAUUAUCGAAGACAGAUACAGACGUAUUACAUGGAGAGAGGCCAGCAGAUUGAGCACUUUGUGGAUGGUAUUGGGGUGGGCGUGGACAACCAAGAUUGAUAUCUUGAAAAAAAAAACGCACCAACAGAUUAAAGGGUGGAAGCUCGGAUCAAUGCUCGUUUUUCAAGGGAAAGAAGUGUAGUGAGUCUUCGUCUACUCAGACUUCUUUGUCCCGUCACCUGGCUUGACCAGUUCAGGAUAGUCUAAUGAUGAUAUGAAUGGUAUGCCAAUCUUUGUAUAUGUGCGGUAGAAGAUGUAGUCCUUGCCAAAGAAAAC